AUGUUGAGGAACAGAAGACUAUACAGCGUGAUUCCUUACGAGAUCCACAGCUACUCGACAUAUGCCUCUGUAUAUGUCCCAAACAAUAUCAAAAGAAAUGACCCCAUGGACCCCAACUCAAGAUGGUCGACAUCAACCAAUGACCAUCUGCAGUACAUCGUCCUGAAGGUUCCUACGAGUCUUGUUGUUACCAUUACGUUUGGGAAGUACAAUAAGAUGCAUGUGUCCAAUGUCAAGAAGAUGAGGAUAAGCGUUUCCAGGGACGGUGUUGAGUACAGAGAAGUUUUGUGCGGAGGGUUGAAAAACGAUUCCGAGAUGGAAACUUUCAACCUCCUUGUGAAGGACGAGAUAUACUUUAUUGCCCAGUAUGUGAAGAUCGAGCCUCUUGCUGCAUGGGGAGUCAACUUCAGCUACUCUCUGUGGUUUGUCGAGCUUAGGGGGCUUGUGGACGUCGAGGAGUUUGUCCGCUACAACGAAAUGGUUGUCUUUGGAAGGUCGAUGAGAAACUGCUUGAGAUUUCUCCGCGACUGCGGAUUCAGAGACAUCUACGAGAUCCUCGAGAAAAGAAGCUCAGACAAAAUUGAGGAUGAGGUUGUGAGGCACAUACGGGAGCUGCUAGAGAGUCACAAAUACGAAGAGGUGGAGGAGGUGUUGGAUAAGCUAGAUCCGCGUGUCUUUCAGGGGUUUAUAGACAGCUCUCCAUACACGCUUGUAUGGACGGAGAUACCAAGGGCGGAGAUAUGGCCCUGCGAGAGAGGAGGACAUCAAAUGGUUGAGAUGGAUGGAUGCCUGUAUCUUUAUGGAGGAUGGAAUGGAAUAGAAGAGCUCGAGGAUUUCUGGAAGUACGGCGAUGGGGAAUGGAGCGAGAUCAAUAUAGGUACCAGGACGCCGGGGAAAAGAAGUUGCCACAGGAUGGUGUCUCACGAGUCGAAGCUGUACUUGAUGGGGAAGUACGUUCCUCUGUCUUCCCGCAAGGUCUUUUCUGGGAGGUCUGACAUCUGGGUGUUUGAUGGAAAUUGGAAUGUGAUGAAUAUGAACGACGAGGGGGGGCCUGGGAAUGUGUACGACCACCAGAUGGUUGUCAUUGGAGACAAGUUAUGUGUGUUUGGAGGAAGGUCUACAGAAAAGGAGGACACAUAUGGUGGGCUUUACAUGUUUUCCCUUGGUGGGGCAUUUCCAAAUUAUGGGAAAGAGGCCUUUUCGGUCCACCAUGGAGUGGAGGUUGAGAAGGGCGCAUCAAGACUAAGUGAGGAGUGUGAAGCCUGUGAAAACAACCCACUUGGAAGAAGUGGGCAGUCUUCAGGCUCCACUGUUGAGCUUGACCUGUUGUUUGGAGGCCAGAUUUUGCAUGAAGGUGGUGCAGAGGAGUCUAAUUCGAGGUAUGAGCCCUCGACAUCAUCGGCAAGCUUGUUUGCGAGCAGGUGGUUGAUGGUGAGGUCGGACACGAUGCAGCCUCCCUCUACCCCUUCUUUGAAGUCAAGGCUGGGGCACACGAUGCUGUUUGUUCCUCCGGAUUACAUUGAGGGCAGUUCCUACAACAACUGCCUUGUGAUUAUAGGUGGGCAGAGGAAUAAGAAUUGCAUCAGAGAGAUUGUAUUCUACAGCCUGGAUACAGACACUGUCUUCCAGAGUGUACCGUUUCCAAUAGACUCAGAUGGAAAAGUCAUCCAGCGGGGCGUUCUCCACUCGACAGAGAUUGUUGUUCUGUUCUGCUAUGGAAGGGAAAAGGAGGGGCGGUUUGAGAACAUCGAUGUAUACACCUACUCGCUCAUUAGAGAGAAAUGGGCAAAGGUGAUUGUAAAGCCGAGAGUCGAGGGAGGAGUGGAGAUCAAGCCUGCUCCCAGGUCUGCUCACCAGUUUGUUGAGAUGGACGGGCGAUUCUAUCUAUUUGGAGGGAAUGUUUCUGAGAGGACGGACCGGCGUGUAAACGACAUGUGGAUGUUCAAGCUUGAAAAGAAGACAACCCAGGAGAUCUGCCAUCUGUCGAAACUCCUGGUUAGAAAGCACAAGUAUCUUUAUCUUCUCGGAGUUGACGAGGAGAAGGCGGUUGAGUAUCUUAGAACCUCGAUCCUGAGCAUGGUUGUUGAUGACGACACAAGAGAGCUCUUCGAGGAAUUGUGCCAUGAGGUGUAUAGAAGAAGGAUCUUUGUUGACCCUGUCGAGGACAUCUGUAGACUGCUGACAACAACAAAGGAACAUUAA